AUGACUCCUGCUGGCGCUACCUGGUGCCUGGUGCUGAGCGCAGAAAACGGUGUGCCCCAACCUGCUGUGCGUGAUGUGAUGAGAGGAGUGGCAAGCGACGGCGACUAUACCAAUUGUAUGCUGACCGGUCGCUGGAAUACGGCGUCCCAACGUCACUCCAUGGCUGCAUGGCAUGACCUCUGGCCCAAAUCUUUCUCGGCCUUUUCCAUCACGCCUCCCCCGUACUCACUCUAUUUUCCCCAUGGGCCUCGUGCUGACAGUCGAAUCGGCCCAGCGUGGGGGAAGACGGGGACAAAAGCUGGAGAUGCCACCGCCGGCGCUGCCUCCCAAAGGGCAAUUUUCGGUCGUACUCAGCGGCGCUAUUCCACCUUUUGGGCCCUCUCCAUCCUCCCCAUCGAGGGUGGUUGGAGUGGGAGGAGGGGCAGCUCUCAGCCCGGAGCAGCGCCCUUCCAGCGCCCUCCUCCCACUGCCAGGACUCACUCCAGGCACUCCAGGCACUCCAGGCCCUCAUCUCCGAACUCUGGUGCUGCUAGCUCUCGAGCACUGAGCAUUGCGAGAGGAACGCACGGCAAUACGCGGAGUCAUGCGCCAUUGCAUGGUCGCUAUUCUGUCCUCGUGCUUCUGUUUGCUCUUGUUGCCCGCAUCACAUUGCAUCACGGGCGCCUCCUCGGCGGUUUUGCCGGGUCGCUAGUGCUGGUGCUGGUGCUGGUGCUGGUACCAACCGAGUACGAUAUUGGUCAGGCCAGUUCAGGAUCUCAACCCUCGCCAAAGCCCUCGUCACAGCACGCCCAUGACCUCGAUCGGAUCAUGCGAAUUACCAACAACGGCGAGCUCCAUCCACAGUCCUGUACUCGUACUAGUGACCCAAUCAAUCAAUCAAUACAUCACCCAUUCAGUCACUCAAUCAAUCGUCACACACCGGGCGGGAGUGUGUUUCCUCGUGCUUGCACCGUAGUUUGUGACAGAAUGCCGGCCCACGCCAAGAUCUACCCAUCAACGAGGCUGAGAACGGGAUGCUACUGCACCUCGCGACGAGAGAGGUUUGAGCUAGAUGCUGGAGUCGACACAGCUGCCUCGGAUCUCUCUGGCCGAAACGUAGAUGGCCCUAACACUUGCCCAGCCAGUCUGUCACGCCGUUUCAUAAUUUUCACGAUUUCCACCAUUUCCACGACGUCGACGCUGCAAACUGCAAACCUUCAACUCGUUUGA